ACUUUGAUGAUUGACAUACAUCACAUACAUAACUGAGAGAGAUGGCUCGGAAUAGAAUACCGUGAUAUCCCGAUAUCCAAAUUAAAGUUAUUUACGGGUUUAUUUCAAGGAAUAUAAUUAUUCUGAAGUAUUACGCAGUAUUCCGUGAUAUUGAAAACAAAUUUACCACUGAAGUUCCUUAGAUUUGUGACUGGUAAGUACGCCUGUUUUCUCUGAGGGUUUUUAUUAGAGAGUAUAGUGGCUAGCUCUAAGUAGCUAUGGGGGAAGACAGUGUAUUAUCGGAAUGGAGCAAAGCUGAGAAGUACGAGUUGCUGCGCAUUUUGAAACAAUUAGGAUCGCAUGAUAUCGCCGCAAUGCAGGUAGCCAUACCCACCAAAACAUCAGAACAGAUACAAGAAGCUAUCACAUAUUACAAAUUAAAGGCAUAUAAAGUACCUAGUGCAAAUGGACAGAAGAGGAAACAGAAAAGUGAUAAUAAUGCUAGAUCCAGUUUACCCCUAUCUAACUGGGCUGAAUUUUUGACAAAUACUUUUACGUUCGAAGAGCUCCAGACUGAAAUAGCUGUAGCAUUGCGAAUCAUUGCAGACUGUAGUGACAUUCCUCCUGCAGCAUGUACUGAUGGUGUGGACUAUCGGAAAGCUUACUUACUACUUGCUAAUGCUGUGGAAGGAAAACCACUUCCAGCAGAUAAAUACCAGUUACUUCUUAUAAAUAAAUGUGUUCUUGAAACAGCAUUGUUAAGUAAAGCAUUCAUUCGCAAUCCAAUUCUAAGGCACAUUAUAGAAAAUAUGACCAUAACAGACCAAGAAGUAAAGAAUUUUCCUCGUAUAGCAGCAAGCAAUGAACUUUCGACAUUGCUACAUUUGGCUUGCCAAAAAAAUUAUAACCCAUUGAAUAUUUCAGAAGAUUACUUGUCUACUACCAGAAACAAUAAUAUUUUUCCAUUUUGAUUAUAUAACCUACCUUUAUUUUAAUUUUAAUAUGGCCAUGUUUCUGCAACAAAUACAUUUUCAGAAUAUUUUAUAUUU